AGGAAGCAAGAUAAUCAACCUCUCAGUAUUGCGUUGUGUAAAACUCCGGUAAAACUCCAGAUUGUUUAAAUCAAUAAAAUUCAUCCAUCAAUUAUUGUUUUAAAUACCAAUAGUUUACUUAUACCGUGUAAAUGUAAGAAAAGAUGUGUCGCCAUUCCUGACAUGAUAUGGUAACUUUACAAAAAGUCUUGAAACAAGCUAAUAUUGAGACCUCGUCGGGAAGAUCCGCAAGGUAAACAACGUGUAUUGUGCAGUGUCGCGAUGUCCACGUAUGCAAGACAGUAGAUAGUCCGGGAAAGCAAACUGUCGGGAUUGAAUCAAAGUGCGAAUCUCAUAUAGGAAAUAACCUUUGACUGCAAAUAUCAACCCAUCUAUUUUCCUUGAUCAGAUAACGCAUCGUCAUUGACAAUUACCUUAUCUAACUAAGCUUAGAAGUAUUUUAACUGAGCAUGCCUAACGGUGGUGGUUACGUCAAGACUCCGGUAUUUGACUCUCGGGGAAGUUCAGGCAGCAGUGGCAGUGUGUCGAUCGGCGGGAGCCGCAUAUUUUCUCCUCUAUUGAUGCGACCCAAAUUUGUACUUGUAAUUGGCGCAAUCAUGCUCUUAUUUCUAUUUUAUCUCCUUUUACCGAACUCGCCAGCAAAGGCCCAAAGUUACAGCUGCAAUGUGCCUUUUCAAGUGGACCAGGCAGCAUUUGUAUACAACAAAACAUAUCCAAUUUCAGGAGUGGAGAGAACUGUUGAUGGUAGAAAAUACAAGAUUGCUGUAAUUUCAGAUCCAGACACUACAAAUAAAGAUCCAAAUAAGGAGAACCAAUGGAUGAGUUACUUAAUAAAGGGAUCAUUGUCUAUCAGCUCUUACGGAGACAAGAUUUCAGUGAACUUGGAUGAUAAACCUGUGACGUUGAAAUCGCAGCUUUCUCAAGGUGGGCGUGGCAUGGAACUCUCUGAGUUGAUAACGUUCAAUGGAAAGUUGUAUACAGUGGACGAUAGGACCGGAGUCAUAUACGAGGUAGCAGGGGACAAAGUUUAUCCGUGGGUUAUUCUUCCAGAUGGAGAUGGAAAGAAUACGAAAGGUUUGAAAGGCGAGUGGAUGGCUGUAAAGGAUGAGCACCUGUUUGUUGGUGGACUCGGUAAGGAAUGGACAACCAUUACAGGAGAACUACAGAAUCUCAAUCCGCAGUGGGUCAAGGUUAUCAGUCAUCUUGGUGCUGUCCACCAUGUUAAUUGGGUCGGCAAUUACAACGCAAUGAGAAACAAGGGUGGAUUCCCUUACCCAGGGUACAUGAUCCAUGAAUCUGGAGUUUGGAGCAACGUCCACAAAAGAUGGUUCUUCCUCCCAAGACGUGCCAGCACCGAGAAGUACGAAGAGACUGCAGAUGAGCAUCGCGCAACCAACCUUCUCUUCAUGUGCAAUGAAGACUUCACGGACGUCCGCUUCAUUAAGAUUGGCUCUCUCAACAACAUCCGCGGGUUUUCAUCAUUUAAGUUUGUUCCCGGUACAAACGAACAGGUGAUCGUUGCACUGAAAACGGAAGAAGAUGCAGGCAAGAUUGCUACCUACAUCACCGCUUUCAACAUCGACGGAAAGAUCCUCAUGCCUGAUAAGAAAUUUGCGGACAUUAAAUAUGAAGGAAUAGAAUUUGUAUAAUGGUAAUUUAUUCUGAUUAGAUUUAUUAUUACCUUGAUAAUCUUGAUAAAAUAAUUAUAUUAAUUUGGGAUCUGUUGUAUCAUUUGUAUGGCCAUUUUUUAAAAUCAAUACUUCUAGUGAUAAGUGAUGUCCAGUUUUAUGAAACAAUUUUAUUUUGAAUUUGAAGAACAGUGAAGUCCACCCAGUUAUUUAAAAAAUCUUUAAAGAAAAAAAUUAAAUAUAUUGGGUGAUUUCAAGUACGGUGUUAACAUCUGGUGUUGGUGUUGUGACAACACCAGCCACAACACUGUACUUGAAAUCAUGCUGGUGUUGGGAUUGACCUCUGAAAAUAUGACGUAUUUCUGGCAGUUCGUGUUAAGCGCUGGUUUUAAAAGUCGUCUGCUGAACCCGAGCAUUACAGCUGGUGUUGACGAUUUACGUGUAAUUUCCCCAUUCACCAACACCAACCCCAGGGAUUGUGAAAAUCGUGAUUUCAAGUUCAGUGUUGGUGUUGAUGAAAUGUAGCUCACGAACAGGUGGCGAACACGAAACAUCCCCGUAAAAGUAUCUUUUACAGUUAAGAUGAGCGCAAAUCAUUAGAUUUUUAUACAUUUUAAUGAAAAAUAAUAUUUAUGCUUUCUGAUUCUUGCAGUGAUUUUAACCUUUGCAUUCUGUACAAUAGGAUUUUAUUGUGAUUUCUCCCCGAUUUCACUUUUGUCGUCUAGAAUUUCUUGCAUAAAGUUGAGAUGAUCAGCAGCGCAGAGGCGUGACGUCAUAGGCUAUCGAUAAUGCAAUCGGUAUCACUCCUCUGAACCUAGUGGUUCAGCAGCCUUCUCACGCUCUCAACACCAACACCGUACUAGAAAUCACCCAUUGUAGUACAUACAUGUACAUUAAAAGUUUGAUGGAAAUCCAUCAAAAGUUAUUCUAAAGUGUAUAUAAAAUGUUAAGCUUUAAAUUCAUUAUGUUAAAUCACUAGCAGAGUGCUCCCUCAAUUGUCAUUUUGUUAUUUCAUGAUUUUUUUUUUAUGCACAGGUAGAGUGAUAUUAUAAAUGACAAUUUGUUGAAUUUUCAUCACACAGACGAGGGCUUGCAUGGAAAAUUAUAAAAGUGGAUUUGAUUUUGCUUUUUUUCAUUUGGCCUUCUUUCAAACAUUGUGUGGUUGACACAGAAAAGGCACUUUUAGACUCCUCUUUACAUGUACUACUGUAUCUGUAUUUUUUAGAAAUCAUUGAAACAUCUUUGUCUUUCUCUUCAGUAAAGAAAUAUAUUUUUGCAUUUGUUGUAAAUUUUCCACCUAAUAUAAUUCUAAGAUGAUGUUAUGUGCAUUCAGUGGCAAUUGAUGAAUUUCAGUAUUUAUAUUAAAAAAUUGAAUUUGUAUAACAAAUAGGCAUUGUGUAAUGUCCAGUAGUCAGGAUACAAGAAACGUACAAUUGGGCCUUAUUACAUGAAGCUUAUUGAAUGAUUGUUGGGUGUAUUUCUAUGAUUCAUUGAUUGCAUUUCAAGAUCAUUAUAUAUAAAACUUUGUAUUAUGGGGUCUGUAUAGAGUACAGACAUUAUACAUGUAUUUCCAUGUGCUUGCAUAUUUUAAAUGUACGUUUACCUUUAAAGUAGUCAAAUGGCAGCUGUGGCGAGUAGUGUAUAUGACGUAUGAAAGCAUUAUUUAUUUCAUUAAAUCAUGUCUUUGUACUGAAUGAACGAAAUACUGAUUAUUUGUUUUUGGACCUCAUCCUUUGUUGACUUUUUAUCUUUGUCCACUUUUUUAAUUAAUCUGUACUGCAUUAUGAUUUGUGAUUUUGUACUAUUCAUAUUUUAUUUUUGUUAAUUUCUGGAUGUUAGAUAGAACUACAUGUAUUUCAUUUUGAUUUUUCUUUUAUGUGUAUUAUAUGAAAUGCAUCUUUGUAUGUAGGUAUUACUAUCAUAAGAUUAUUUUUAUUCUUUUGAAAAUUGGAAUAUACUAUUAGACUUAAUGCUAAAUAUAUUUUUUCAAAGAUGUAUAUAACUUUGAGUUUGAAAAGAAAUUGAAAAAAAAAUCAUUUAAAAAUGGUUUGGACCUAAACAGGCUUGGGGUCAGUUUCAUAACCCACUGUUCAACUUUGCCAUUAUACUACCAUGGAAACCUUAAUUGUGAUUGGCUACUGAGACCCGUUAGCAUGGUACAUGUAGUUGCCAUAAGAGCAAAUAUAGAAUGGUGCAGUAAUGCCCCCACCUUCCACACAUUUGUUACUUCAACAUAUAUUCAAAGGAACUAGCAAUUUUUUACUUCAAUAUAUCUUCAAAGGAACUAGCAUCAAUAAUUUUGUUCAAUGGGGAAAAAACAGUGGUUAAUAUUUCCUGUACACUGGUAGUGACUUCUAAUAACAUGUUCUAUACCCAGCCGUGCUAGGACCUAAAUUGAACCAUUAGUAUUAUGAUGUUUCCAGGGGCCCAUAUUCUGAACUCAUAUUCUGAAAUCGGGUUUAAAUUUAACCCUGGUUUAAAGUUGUAGUUUAACUAUGGAGAGCCAAUUGGAGCACAAAUCCCUAACAGUACACAUUCAAUUCAUUUCAUUCAUUUGACACUCAAAUUGUUCAUAAUUGUCUGGGAAUGAUAAGUGAAGUAUUUUCUUCAUUAUGAAAGCAAAAGGAAACAAAAUAGUAAACAUAAGAAAUGUACAAUAUAAACAUAAUUUUUGAAUUUUUGGCUCCCUAUAAUUUUAGCACAGGGUUAGACCGUGGUCUAAGUUAAACCGACUUCAGAAUAUGGGCCAGUUAUUUCACUGCACUAUGUGAAAGUUCACAGCAUUUAACUGUAAUAUAAUUCUUCAGGCAGCAUACAGUAUUACCAAAUAGAGAUUUAUGAAUAGAUUGUGGGAUAUAUAUAGGCCUACAGAUUUGGAAAUAUACAUUCUAUAUGCAGGUAUAUACUUUUGUCAUAAUAACAAAUAUGUGAACAUAAGGAUGUAUCUAUCUUUUUAUACUUUGUCUGAUUGAAGGUUAAAUGUCUUGCAUCCCGCUCUUUCUGGAAAAAUAAAUCAAUUAUUAAAGCA